UCAGGAGGAGGAAGCAGUGGGGGGAAAUCUGAGCACCUAAAGAGCUUCAGCAGCAACAACAACAACAUCAACAUCAUCAUCAUCAUCGCUGCUUCAGCUUUAGUCCACAUUAUAGGAACAGGCAAACGGGGAACAAUUACAAAAUCAGGUUUACCGACUGCACCGAGAGCUCCUGUUGCAUCUUUUUUUGUUUUUAAGUGCAACAGCGAUAAGGAUAUCCACAGAUGGACAACCUAAGCCCCUCAGACGAGAAACCUGUCCAGCGCUCCAAGUCUUUGAGCUUUAAGACGCAGAGAGAGACCUGCUCGUCCUGCGAUAAGACUGUGUAUCCGAUGGAGAGACUGGUGGCCAACAAUCUGAUCUUCCAUACAACAUGCUUCUGCUGCAAGCACUGCAACACCAAGCUCAGUCUGGGCACGUAUGCGGCACUGCAAGGCGAGUUUUACUGCAAACCGCACUUCCAGCAGCUGUUCAAAAGUAAAGGGAACUACGACGAGGGCUUCGGACGCAAGCAGCACAAAGAGCUUUGGGCCUCCAAAGAUGCUGAGAGCAUCACCAAAUCACCGUGACAACCUCCCCAUCCUCCUCUUCUACUGAUCUCCAGCGCUUUCUCGCCCCUCACCUACUGAAUCUGAUUCGCUGUCUAAAACCUGCCUGCCCUGCCACACACUCACACACAUCAGUACACACUCUCACAUGCACAAACCACAAACACGAUGCGGCAGGCAUCUCACAUCUCUUCUAGAGCAGUUUUAAAACUUCUGCCCUUUAGCUUUUAGUAAAUGAUUUUAAUUUUUUAUUAUUAUUAUUUUUUUUUUUCAUCCACAGUAAUUAACUUGUGACCAAAUCCCCACAUCGAAAAGGGGAGAUUUUUGUGUUUUAUUUUCUUUUUCAUUUAAAAAAUAAUUAUCUUGCAUCGUUUUAUCAUUCUUUUGUCAGGUACACAUGCUGGCACGUGAAAGAUCCUUUAACUGAACCACUUACACGAAUACUAAGUUUCAGGAUGUACACUCAGGUAGCGAUUCUGGUGUGUGUGAUCCUUUCCUUCUGUCUUUGACGAGCAUUAUGUCGAUUUUGUUUUUGUAGGAGAAAGUUAGGCGUCCACAUUGCCUUUUUUUUUUUUUUUUUUUUUUAUAUCAGCAGGGUAUUAUAUCUGUGAAAGUACAGGGUAUGCGGUACUGUAUGCAUCUCUGCUGAACAUGGCUCAAAACGUUCACACACUCGUUUUCGUUGUCAUAUGCGCACAUAUUAAAUAGAGAGAAACUAUAUUUACUCUUACAGAAAAAUAUAAAACCUAGUGUGUAAAUCUAGUUUCUUGUCUUUUUUUUCUGGUUUGUUACAAUAGAAGUCUUUAAAGGGUGCUUUCACACCUAUUAGUCUGUUUUACGAAGUCUGAAUCAAUUCCAGUGAAAUUGGUAUUUUUGUUUUGUUUGCUGUUUGGUUUAGUUUAGUGCAAGAAAAGACUUUGAGUGUUGUGUAGGGCUAAAACCCGAAAUCGUAAAACUCAUUCAUUCAUUGGACAGAACAAUAUGUAGAUGAUUAUAUAAAAAACUAUUUUAUCCAGUGUUUAUUUUCUUUCUUUGUCAGUCAGUCCAAAUCUCUGGAACAGAACAGAGUGCUGUGAUUUGGCUCACUUUGUGCCUCGUGGCUCAGUUUAACAGCUCACAUCUACAAAAAAACUUCAGCAACCAGAAACGCACGGCAUGUUUAAUUACCUCGGUCGAUACCGAGUCAAGUCACUUUCUCUCUGCAAUUGAACCAGCAGACUGAGCGUGAUGACUGUUUUCACCUGCCUAAAAAAAGCCGCAUUGAGAGGGAGAACACACCAGGGUUCCAUUCAAACAGACUAAACUGAAGCAGAUGUGAAAGCACCCUUAGGGACCUCUGUGUGGUUCACUUAUUUCACUAUAGCACUUGCUAAUUCCUGCUCAGACAUUUUAAAACCCAGGUUUCACUUGUGUUGUAUUUACACAGCCAGGUUUCCUUACCUUAUGACCGAAUUCCCAAAACAUAAAAAAACUUGUUACUGAGCUUGUACUGUUUUUACUGCUUUUAGAGUUUCUGGUUUUAGUUCUCCUAUAUUUUACUUAAUAGGCAUCUAACAAUCCAGCAUUUGAAAGUUUUAAUUUUAAUGGUAAUCUCUGCUCCAGUUUCCGCAGUCACUGAUCGGUACAUGACUUUACUUCAAUACACGAUGAAUGUACUGUAGUUUGCUUAAGUGGACCAAAGCCACUGCGCAGCGAGGGUUGUGUUAUAGUUGCAGUGAAUUUGGUCUUGUGCGAAACGGCGUUGCAGCGUGUCGCACCAUUACCUUCCCCCCUCCGCCACUUCCUGUCGUCACAUUGUUCUGUCUGCUUCCUGUGAGCUGCUUUGUGGCUUUGACUCGAGUCUUCUCUAGCAUGAGCCAUUGACUGCUCACCGUCGCUCAGGAAUGUGCACGGGUCAUAACAAUCAGACUGUUUCAUCCAUCGUUCUCAUCUCCAUACUGUAACAAGAGCCACGUCAGCUCAGCCUUCCUUGGUGUGCUCAGGAGGCUGUAUCCUAUGAUCUCUGUGUAUAUAACCUCGCAAACUCCUGUAAUGUCAUUUAGUCAGUUAAAAUACCACCUUGUUUCACGAAUGUGGCUGAAAUGGAGAGGCUUAUUUUUCUGAGGCUCAAAUUAUUUCCAGUGUUUGUGUUGUGAUUAAAUUCACUGUCUGCAGUCCAGAGACUGGUACAUUACAGGUGUUUACCAGUUAAACAUUUAACCUUGCUAUGUAAGUUUAGGUCUGCCAGCCCGAGGCACCUUUCCAACAUAAUACAAUCACCAAUAGCCACGUUAAAGGGAGUUUACAACAUCUCCCACUACUAUCUCGAGGUCAGGGUCUUGGCAUUUGGAGGGAAUUACUAUCUUGUGUUCAGGGUUUUGGUGUAUGGAGAGUUUGCAAUAUCUCCCAGUACUAUCUUGUGUUCAGGGCCCAGUCAUUUAGAGUGAAUUUAGAACACCUCCCAGUAUGAUCUCAUGUUCAGGGCCUUAACAUUUGGAGGAAAUUUACAGUAUCUCCUAGUACUAUCUUGUGUUCAGGGCCUUGACGUUUAGAGACAGUUUACAUCUCCUAGUACUAUCUUGUGUUCAGGGUCUUGGUGAUUGGGGUAAUUUGCAACAUCUCCCAGUACUAUCUUUUCUUCAGGGCUUUGUCAUGUAGAGGGAAUUUGCAAUAUCUCUCAGAACUAGCUCAUGUUUAUGGCCCUGAUGUUUAAAGGGAAUUUACGUCUCCCAAUACAGGGCCCUGGCAUAAUAGUAGCAAUGGCAGAAAGCCCCAUCUGGUGGUGGGAGAGGACAUGGCAAAUCAGCUAUAAGAACGAGUGAGUAGCUUUUCUAUUUCAGUUUCUAUCUGAAUGUUUUGUCUGAUCAUCAGCUUUGAUGUUUUGUAGUCAAUCCUGUCAUUAUAUUGCCCAGUUUUUAAUUGUUUUUCUUGGAAAGUACCUACAAAGCCAUUGAGAGGUUGAGCAAAUGCCUCUUGCCACUGGAAUUCCACAAAAACCCCUUUCUUGUCGCACAUGUUUAAGAUUACUGUGAAACUGAAGGCGCUGUGAGUUGUAAAAUGUAUCAAAAGCUCUUGCCAUGAGGCAAAACAAUAUUUUCUUAAGUGUUAAAAUAAGAUAAUAAAACCUGUAUCAAUUUCAAAUCUUUACCCAAAGCUUCCUCCUUCGAGUGUUUAGAUUUCUAUCUGUGUUUUUGACCCUAAUGUUUAUUUCAUAUGUAGAGUUCCUAUUUUCACAGGGCUAUAAGGUACAAAACCACACAAUAUCAAAGUGUCUGUUUUACCUCUUUCUAUUUUCAGUGACUAUGGGAAAUGGGGAGAAAGGGUACAAAAUGUUGUCUUUUGCCUGAUCGUAGUUGUGUCUGUGGAUGUUACUUUAGAUGUAUGCCUUAUUUAAAGUAGUACUAAAAACAUUUUAAAUGUAGAUGAUGGUCAGCAUGUGUUGUGCGAGUGGAGAUGUGUGUGAAUACAAAAUGGAGUAUUCUGUGUCUUAACUUCAUAUGGGUGGACUGAACAUGGUGGCCUUAAAAUGGCAGGAAGUUAAGUUUUUGGUUUUGAUUUUUUCCCCCUUUGCAUCUGUUAUUCCCAAAGUGUCUGUUCAGGUCUUGAUUCCUUCACCUGCUUAACAGCACACACGUGAACUCCUCAGAACCUUUUUUCUUUAAAAAGCAUUUUAAAAUGCCAUUAUAAACUGUGAGGUCUUACUUUUCCCCCUUUCUCCAUUGUGCUGUGCUCCCUUUCUUCCUCUUUUUUUAAUUUCUCAUUUUUGUACAUGCUUUUGAAGAAAAUAAAAAGAUGCUGGUGUUGA